AUGAAAAACGAAAAACCAAAAAAAUCCACAUGGAAUAACGUGAUCCGAGCUAGACGUCUAAGUUACCAACAUGGUUUUGACAUUAGAAGUAAAGUAUUAGAAGAUGAAGCAUUAGAAGUGAUUGAAAGUCUCAAGUUGGGUGAAGGUCAUUUGAUUAAAAGUAAUGAUUCUACAGAUUCUACAACACUGCAAGUUAUCCCAGCUAAAAAUAUACGUGUACCUGCAAAUGAAUAUGUGACCGUCUCGUUGAACGUGGAAUAUCGAAAUGACACAACGUGUACAAUCAAAAAUUCGCAAAUGGUGGCAAGUAAUCAAUUUCAAAGAGUUGGUGCAUGUGGAUUUCGUGGACUUGCUGAUGACUUUAAGAAUGUUGGGUGGGAAAUAGUUGAAGAAACCAAAUUAUCUCAUAAAUAUAGUGGAACAUUUAUAGUUCGAAUUCAAAGUCCAUCAGAGAUUACCCAAAUUCACUUUUACAAAGAUAACAAAAGAGAGCCUUCAGUAAUCCCACUGGAUAUUUAUAACAAAUUAUAUUGUAAAAUUCUAAUGCCGAAUAAUGAAUAUGUUAAAAAUGAUAAAAAUAAUAAAGAUGUAAUGUUUACAAAUUCAGAAUACGUUAUUAAUAAAGAAAAUGAAUAUUCUGGUAAAUGGAUUGUAGAAUACCAAGUCAGUGGUGAAAAGGACAUCAAACAAAAAAUAUAUGAUGUUACUUUUGAAGAUAAAAUAAUACCUACAAUGAAAGUUUCUACUAAAAAAAAUUCUAUCAACGAUUCAGUUAUUGAAUUUCAAUGCAGUAUUAAUUUUAAGAGAAUUACUCAGUGUUCAUUUGAAGGACCAUCUGGUUUAAUAAUAAAUGAAGGAAUUGCUGAUAAAAGUGAUAGGUUUGAUUUUGAAGUGAGCGAUAAAAGAAAUUAUCCGACUAUACAGAAUCCAGCAUGUACAUUAACAAUCCACAAUCUAAGAGCAGAUGAACAGGGACAGUGGCAGUGUUCACUUCGUGAUGAAACACAAACUGCAAAUGGCACAAAAAAAAUUGAGCAACCCAAAACAUUAACAGUUGAAAUUUUUCAAAAAAUCGGCACAGAAUUUAAUGUGAAUUGCACAGACAACAACGAAUGGGAAGAAUGUCAUAUCGUUUUACCAAACGGUGAAACUGUAGAAAACACUCUACCCGAUUCAAACAAUAAUGACGGAAAAUGUACAACGAAAAUUAAAAGUGCUGAUGAAUCAUGGAAUGGUAAUUUGACAUGUAAUAUUGGUCAUCAGAAAGGAGAGAUAAAUUAUAAAAAAACAUUUAUUGUUCGAGUUACAGAGGACUUUGCAUUAGCUGAUUUUAAAUAUGAAAUUAACGAUGGAAAUAAUCAAGCAGUACUCGAAGCACGUCCAUUUCCAACUGAUGAAAAUAAAAUGAAAAAUAUUACAGAAUGUAGAUGGACACAUCCAGUUGAUAGUAAUUAUUUAAGUUAUGAUUCUUAUUAUACAAUGACAAAUGACAAUAAUGUUUGUCGACUUGUAAUAAAGUAUCCACAAGAAUAUGAUAAAGGAUCAUGGUCAUGCAUCAUAACGUUAAAAUCUUCUAACGGUGCUUGGGAUAAAUUCAUUUCAUUUGUUAAUGUAAAGGAACUUGAAAUUUAUUCAAUGUUAUGGUGGUACAUACUUUAUGGAUUAAUUGUAGCUUUGAUCAUUAUUGCUAUUAUUAUAUUCGUUUGGUGGGAUCUUGUUUUUCAAAGUAAAACUGCAGUUCUCAAUAAAGAUAAGACACAACAAGAAAAACAGUUCAAAUAUAUUUAUGGGAAAUUAAACAGAACAAAAAAACCAAGUUCUAAUGAAAAUGAAAGUCCAAUAUAAAUUUUUU